AUGAAUCCGAUUCUCCGACGAGUCGAGUGGGUUCGAGUGGCUGGGAAAUGGACGAAAAUGUCGGUGAUGGGCACAAAUAUUUCGGAGGAAAAUUUGAGAUUAGCUGAACGGAAGGACGACAAUCGGGUCGUGAUUCUCAUGAUUCCGGGAAAUCCGGGCAACGAAGGAUUUUAUGCUCACUUCGGAAGAGAAAUACUGCAAAAUCUGAUGAAAAGAGACGAGGAAGAGAAGAGAAAUGCGAAGAAUCAGUACUUAUUCAUCACUGUCUCCAGUCUGAACCACGUCAAAAUGCCCGGACAAUUGGAAGAAGACGGAGAGCAUCGCAGUCACGGUAUCACACGAAUCUACUGUUUUCAAGUACCUUUCUGAGAAUUCAGACCGAAUUUCUCUGGAAGAACAGGUGCUCCAUAAAUUGGCAUUCGUCCGCGAGCACUUGCCACGUGGAAAAGAAGUGUACAUUCUCGGCCACAGCAUCGGUUCCUACAUGAUGUUACGCAUUCUUGCGGAAGUCAUCAACGACGGGUUCCACGUGGAAAAGGCUGUCGGACUGUUUCCGACCAUAGUGCACAUGGCCACGUCUCCGAACGGAAAACGACUUCAGGGAACUCUGGCGGUAGGAAAAGUUAAAAGUUAAAGAAAAAUUGUGAAAGUUCAGGUACUGCAACGGCAUGAUUGGCUGGCGAAGACUGCCAGUUGGUGGGUCGAUUACAUUCCAAGUUUCGUCAAAAAGUUCCUCGUUGGAUUGAAUCUAAGCCAUCCGAAUGUAUGUCAAAUGACCUUUCUUUUGAUUUUUUCGAACUAAGCCAGUUUUCCAGACGCCACCGGAGAUUGUGGAUGCGGCUGUCGAACUGAUUCACAUGGAUGUCUUCCGAAAUAUAGUACACAUGUCGAACGACGAGUUGGAUUUUGUCCUCGAUUUGAACGAACACCUUCUGGAAAAAAAGGACGUCAUUCACUUUUACUACGGACUCAAAGACGGCUGGUGUCCGGUCGAACAUGGUCAGUUGCCGAGCGAAGCUCAUUGCAUGUCAAUCCGUUCACCUCAGGGCACUCAAUGAUAGAGAGACUUGGCUCCGAGAAAGUGACGUUGGACGAACACGACUGCGAACACGCAUUCGUAAUCGCCGAAGGAGACAUUAUGGCGAAGAACGUCAUCAAGUAUUUCAAGUGA